AUGACUUCUGCAAGGGGCAGCGUACCACGGCGUCAGAGGACUUUUCACUUUGUGAAUGCGCACCCGUUUUCAGACACCGAAAGCUUUGAGACGCGUCAUUUUCUUCGGUCACAUGUGGGCAGCUGGGUCUGGCAGCAGAUCAAACAGAAAUCCACGAUAUCAGAAACUGAUGAGCCUAGGGAGCGUUCUCAAUGUGCCAACCUCUCUACAAACAAUCCCGAUUGGACUAGCGUCGAAGAUAUAGGCGAUGUACCUGGAUCAUCUACAACGAAGGGCGCCCAGGAUAGUGGCGGAGGAGUUGCUCUCAUCACGAGCGAAAAUACACUGCAUGGAUCGGAUUCGCAUCCAUCUAGGUCGUUGUAUACGCCGCUAUGUACGAUUGAUCAUAUCGGCAAUGCUACGUUGGACCCGUUCCAGACGUUCUCGUCAGAUUUCGACCCUAUGCUUGUCAAUUGGUGCAACAUAUAUAAUCUGACGGUCUUAUGGCCUGGUCUCAUACCGAGCUCCCCGAAAGGCUGCAAAAACUCGGCCAUAUCGCGUUGGUUUCAACUAUCUUGGCAUGAACCUACCCUUUUUACCACCUUCCUAUUCAGUGCAGUAUUUCACUACCAACAAUUGCGUUUGCGCAAUGAAAGCAAGCACGGUAAUAUGCAUACACCUCUGGAGAGGAAGGUCCUAGAACGUUUUGAGUUCGAGUCGAUUAAGAGGGUCAAACAAGCGAUCCAAGAUACGACCCGAGCUGUCAGCGAUGCAGUUAUUCUAAGCGUCGGUUGCCUGGCGAACAAUAGACGAGACGAGUUGCUUAGGGAUGAGAACACAAACUCCCCGUUUGAACCACCCUUGCGAAACCUGCAGUGGCUGGAUAUCUACGGAAGCCUAUCACCAAAUGACAUCCAUUUAUCCGGCCUCGCGCAACUUGUCGGUCUGCGAGGAGGACUGCAAAACAUUGACCUUUCUGCGCUCGCCCCAAUUCUUUGCUGCUCAGAUAUUUUGGCUUCCAGCAAGAUCUUAUCACACCCCAAAUUUCCCUUUUGUCCACUACAAGGAGACCAGAACCAUACACUACAAAGCCAGCUUGGCUUCGGAUCGGCCGAUCUGGAAAAUGGAUUUAUGCAGCUGUGUCAUAUUGGAUUCACAGCGCAGCUGGCCGAGGUCUUACAGGCCGCGAAAAGUUACAUUUCUAUCGUCAAAAGAUAUCACGAGGGAUGUAUAGUUCAACCUGACUUGCGCCAAAUCAGCGACCAGCGCAACCUUGUACAAUACCACCUCCUCGCUCUACCAUCAGCGGAGCACCUUGGUCAGAGCUUUGCCUAUUGUUCUUCAGUUUACGAGAUCGCUCGCCUCGCCGGACUAAUCCUCGGCGUUGGCGUGAUUUUUCCACUGCCUGCUGAGACAUCGCCGUUUUCGUCCCUUAUAAAGCUCUUGCAGAUUGAGCUACAACGACGGUCCAUCUUCAAAUCGAGCUGGUGUACACCGGAUGUGGUCAGGGUGCUCAUUUGGGCCCUAAUGUUGGGUGGUAUAGCGGCGAAGGGCUACCCUGAGAGGCCAUGUGAUCUGGAGGGUCUUGUCAUGGACCGCGAAGUCCGCGCUCUCCAUGGCCAGUUCGUCACUGUCAACUACUCCAAGAAGUCCGUGAACGGCCAGGUACGCUGCCGCGCCUACAAGGGCACCGUCUCCAUCAUGGGUAGCUCCUCCGAGACCGAGAAGCUGUACGACAUGUCCGAGUCCAGCAUGGACGAGAUUGGCGACUUCUCGCCCGCCGAGACCACCGGCCUCAUCACCGUGUCAGCCAUCCGUCUUAAGAAGUACGGCCAGAUGUAA